AAGCUGAACCACAAAUAAAAAGAACAUUCAGCAAAGAUGGUUGAAGACAGGGAACAGGUCGAACGCUUUUAACUAUUCAAUGUCUAAAUUAGUAGUAAAUAACGGUCCGUGUCCUAGUCAAUAUGUGAGUGAGGAUUCAUGAAUUUGCAGCUGAUAUCGAUAAACACGUGUCAAUUUGGAGAACGGGACGAACGUGGUGGAAAACGAAGGUACGGCAGGAUGCUUUGUUUAUGGAGAUCAGCUGUGUUACCAAACACUCCUAUCGCUUUCGCUGCUGCGUCUACGACGCUUCUAUUUUCGUCGAAUAAAGUGAUCUUCCUCGCACAAUAACUGUUCCGUGAGACGUUUCACGAAAAAGAAUACAAAAAAAAAAACGAUCGUGAUCGAAAGAGUACACGUGUACUCUGGAAAACGGUGUUUUUCUAUUAACAUAAAACGAAAAGCAGCAGAAUGAUCCAUCCUUCCGCUCGAUUGGGAAACAUCCUGAUAUAAGAGAAUAUCUUUAGAUAAAGAACAUCUUUGAACAGUCAUUAUCGACGGCCAGACAAAGAUGCUUGUGGAGCAACCAUCGACUGGUAGUUAAUUAAUCUUAAUGACAUGAAAGAAUGAAACGAGAAACUGUUAUUACCUGCGUAGAGUCAAACAGACGAGCCAAAACGAUGACAACCGUACUAGAUGGCAGCUACCAACGUAUGGAGCCAUACGAAGGAGAGGAGGAAGAGGAUGGAGAAGACGACGACGAACACGAAGAGACACCACAGGAAUCUGGUGUUAUGAUUCACGUGGUGCCAGAGGGUAACAAAGCUAGAUGGAAUCAUGUCGAAGAUUUGGAUUCGUUUUUCACAAGAAUGUAUCACUACCACCAGAAACAUGGAUUCGCUUGUAUGAUGCUGCAAGAAGCGUUUGAACUAGGACAAUUUAUUUUUGUAGUUGCUUUUUCAACAUUUCUCUUUCACUGCAUCGACUAUUCCGUAUUGUUCAAAAACAAAGUAACAAACAGCACCUCGCACAAAACGUCCAUCAGCGACGCGAUUCUGUCCACGGGCGAAUGUACGGCAUCUGUGGGUCUGGUCACUUGGAUCUGUAUUUUAGUAGCCGGAUUUUUUUGGAUUUUGCGAGCAAUCAAAGUUUUAUACCAUUUCACGCAGUUUUGGGACAUUAAGCUGUUCUUUAACACCGCGCUGAAAAUCGACGACAGCGAUCUGGACAAUCUUACUUGGCACGAGAUACAAAAGCGAGUUAGAGAAGUGCAAAAAGAGCAAGAGAUGUGCAUUCACAAAAGGGAGCUCACGGAAUUGGACAUAUACCAUAGAAUAUUACGGUUCAAAAAUUACAUGAUAGCUAUGAUCAAUAAAUCCUUGCUACCUGUACGGCUCAAAGUUCCCAUCAUCGGUGAAGUUAUAUUCAUGACGAGGGGGCUAAAGUACAACAUGGAAUUGCUUCUGUUUUGGGGUCCGUGGUCUCCGUUCGAAAACAAUUGGCAUCUCAAGGAAGACUAUAAAAAGCUAAACAAAAGGCAAGAACUAGCUAGGUCACUGUCCAAGCACAUCUUGUGGGUCGGUAUCGCGAAUUUUAUGCUUUGCCCCUUGAUCCUACUCUGGCAGAUACUUUAUUCGUUUUUUAAUUACGGAGAGAUUAUCAAACGAGAGCCAGGAACUUUGGGCACAAGGAUGUGGUCCCUCUACGGACGCCUCUACCUCCGACACUUCAACGAGCUGGACCACGAAUUAAACGCACGGUUGAAUCGCGCCUAUCAUCCGGCUUCGAAAUACAUGAGCAUUUUUACAUCCCCAAUCAUGACCGUCCUCGCGAAGAACGUCGCUUUCGUCGCUGGAAGCGUAUUAGCAGUUUUAUUGAUACUGACAGUCUACGACGAAGACGUAUUAACCGUGGAGCACGUGUUGACCACGAUAACCAUAUUGGGCGCGUUGGUGGCCGGUGCCAGAGCGUUCAUACCGGACGAGAACUUAGUCUGGUGCCCGGAGACUCUCUUAACCGCUGUUCUAGCGCAUACACACUACAGACCGGACAGUUGGCGAGGGCAUGCUCACACUCAGACGACCAGGGCGCAAGUGGCACAGUUGUUCCAGUACCGCGCCGUUCAUCUCUUAGAAGAAUUAAUCUCCCCCCUGCUCACUCCGUUCAUCUUGUGCUUCCACAUGAGACAACGAGCCUUGGAUAUAGUCGACUUCUACCGCAACUUCACCAUCGAGGUGACGGGGGUCGGAGAUGUAUGCAGCUUCGCCCAGAUGGACGUGCGGAAGCACGGGAACCCGAUGUGGCAGACGGUCACUCAGAGUCCCAUCGAGGACCGUGCUGCCACGACGGGUUACGAUAACCAACGUUACGGUAUGGAGCCGGAGAAACUACAGAUCCCUAUGUCGAAUCAGUACACGCAAGCGGAGAACGGGAAAACGGAACUGUCCCUGAUACAUUUUACUUUGACCAAUCCUGAGUGGAAGCCACCGAGUCACGCAGAGAACUUUGUCACAGCUUUGAGGGAAAGGGCGAAGAAAGAAGUGCACGGUGUGCACGGGGAGAUCAAUCCUCUGUUGGCGAGUCUGAGCAGCCUGUCUGGUCUGGGACCGGGUUAUAACGAUAUCGUUUCGAAUAUAAUUCGAAGCACCAUGGUGAACCAAGUGCUAGGAGGUGCGAGCACCAGCAACGUGUUCGCGAAUCAACCUGCUACCUCGACUGCUUUUACCGGCGGCGUCCACGAGUCGUCGAUAUUCAGGUCGGACUUUUUGUCGUACGCGGCGGUUCGACGCGGCUUAAGUAAAGCGGAAGGCCCGAUACACAACGACAAAGGGUUCCUUUACGGAUUGCAACAAGGAAUGUCGAAUCAGUCUCUAGGCGCCUCCGUGUUCGGCUCGACCCACGAGAUGCCUACCGAUUUCUCUGUACCGGUGGAAUUGACUGCUGCCGAUAUGUCUCUGUCUACAUUGUACCUGCACGAACUUCAUCACAGACAAGUUCAACGAAGGGGCUAUCAAGAAAUGGCCACGAGAAGCAUAUGGCAGCAAAGUCCUGUCCAGGAGCUCGCCACGCUUCCUAAAGUAAGACAGGAGAGAGCACCGUUGCUGUUACAUCAGGACUCCUCGAUAAGAAGCAACAGGGACUCAGCGUACACCGCCAACACACAUUUAGAUAACAUUUGAAUCAUAUUCCCGCAGUGAUAUCUCUCGUCACUUUGAAGAAAAUAAAAUGUUUUUAUCAUUCGCUUGUACGAUUGCGACGUCCUCGUGAUUUAUUUUCUGUGCUAGCAAGUGGGAACAGUUGGAACGUUUAAGAUAUCUGUGUUGUAUCGAUGUAAAUACAGUAUCCGAAUAUCGCGGUUCGUUUCCAAAGUCGAAGGACGACUUUGAACGCCUACUAUUAGAAAAAUAACGCUCGAGGCCUAUGCACCGUUACAUUCUACGCGUCGGAUGAUUGCCAACUAAACUGCAUAGAACAUGGAACUGGAAACAUUAUUGUGUACGUUUUACGGGGGUAAACGAGUUUGUACCAAAGGUGUGCGGCUUCUCGAAUUCAUAAGAGUCGGUUCGGGAGAAUUCGGGAGAGCUCGAGUGCGCACGAAGCUGGUGACUCGCAGUCGGAUAUUUUCGACGACCCGCUCGAUCUCGCCCGAACUUUACCGAACCAACCCGAACUUGAAAUAUCGAGAAUUCGUACACCUCUGGGAAUUAGCUCUUUUUAACAAGUUAUUAUUUAUAAUGGAAACGCGGUUUUAUUUCUUAUCUCUUCCUUCGACGUUUGCUGGUCGAAAAUAAAAACCCUACGAAUUCUUGCUCUAUUUGAGUUAGAAAGAAUCUCUUUGAACGUGGUAAUCUCUGCCUUUCAAUGCCACGAUUCUCUCUAGUCAUAUGAAACGAAUGGCGCGCCAUAGUAUAAAGAAUUAUUUAUUUGCUAAAUGUAUGUUACUCGAUAAACACGGUGGGGCUAAACGUUAACAAGUAGGGUAUAUUCGCACCGAUAUUUCCCUGCUUAUUUGCAUCUAAUUUUAAAAUCGUUUUUAAAAAGAAAACUUGCAGGUUGUCACGAGGCAUCGGUUCAUAACCACAAUGUAUUUAAGUUCUCUGUUACGCGCAAUUUUCAUGAACUUCAUAAAUGCCGGUUUUUAUCGACAUCGAAUAAUUAAAACUCGCACUUGAACGAUUUUCGAGUAAAGAA